ACCCCCCGGACAACUCAACUGUACGAACUAUCACCACCCGGGGAGCUCUGUAUUUUCCUUCUAGAAAUGCCAUUUGUCGGGGGUACAUGUUGUUAUGGUUCAAACAGGGGAAAUUCGAGUCUGAUAUCUCAUGCUGGUAAUAAACCCUGUUGUCUCUAAUAUUAGCAGCGCGAGGAGUGAGUAAAUUACAGAAGCAAUGGUCAGAUGGUACAAAAAAAAUGCUGCAUUAGUAUACACUAACUCGUGGUGAUGAUCUGAGGUCUGGCUGCUCGCUAAAUUCCUUUCGAAAUACUUUUAAAAAGCUGGUUUACAUAGUGUCAUCUCCAUCAGAUUUAACCUGAUUCCAGAUCCAGAAACCUUGGAAAUAUAUACAGGAGCCAUCCAUGCCUACAAGUACGCUUUCUAAACAUCUUAUCCGCUAACAUUGUUUUACCAAUUUUUUUCUACUGCUCUUGACGAAUCCAGAUGAUUCCAGAUGGUGAGUUAUCUGUUUUGAAACUUCAACACCUCUGCAGAUUCAGAAGGGACAAUAGGUACACACCAUUUCGUAUUUAUGUUGAAGAAUUGAGACUUGAGUUGGAGACAUUGUCGAUUUUGUAGAGAAAAUCCCUGCAUCUUGAUGAAUCUAUUCCCACUACAAAAUUAGGGUAUUUCAGGGGUGCGUCGAUCCUCGCGUGUGUGUUUUUUUUUUCAUACGUCACAGAUUGGACGGAGGAACUCAGUGACGUGGGAGGGAGACCUGUACAUCUCCGUCUUAUAUUAUUUGGUCGAGAAGUUGAGUAAAACAAAAUCACCGUUGUUGCUUUAGAUCGCUCCAGAAGACCAAACCAUUUAUUCAACCAACUCUCGCAGACAACCCACUAUCUGACAUUAGCUUUACCAGAAGAACUAGUGGACUUUGGAACUGCGUAUUUGUCGUCUGCAGGCAAAGACCGCAAUUUUUAGGUUCAUCAACGAGCGGAUCUUGAAAAGAAUCUAGCGAAAGUUCGAUCUUACUGGCGUCAAAAACUCUUCAGUACAUGAUUAAUUUAGGCCCAAUAAUUCACAUUAUCUGCUAGAACAGACAAAGCUGUUUGUACCUGCGCAGAACUAGAACUGUAACACGCUGCCAUUUCCGGUGCCAACACUCUUGAGUUAAGUUGCAAUGGAGUGGACAGAGACCGAAAGGGGAGGACUCAAGCUCCUUCUUGAUGGGUUCAUCUACGUCAAGAAGAAAAACCUUGCGAACGGAUGGGAGAGCUAUGAGUGUACGUUAAGGAGAAACCGCAACGCCUGUAAAGCCAGAAUUAAGGUGUUCGGUGCUGACCAAUUCCGAGACAAGACAGAACACAACCACCCACCCGACCACGGUAAAGCCAAUGCCUACAAACUGAAGGCUGCCAUGAAGAGAAGGGCAGUAUCAACAGACGAAAGUCCUCAAGAGAUCCUGAUGGCCACCAUGCACCAGGCUACGGACGAAGGGGCAAUGUCCCUUCCGGGACUCACCAAUAUGCGAAGGACUAUCCGGAGGCAGCGGCAAGACCAUCGGCAAUCUUUGAUGAUGAAAGCCAGGAGCACCAGUGAUCUAGGAGAUCAGAGCUCCUCACCCUUGGAAACAGAUGCAAGUAUUUUGGUAUAUUCCAGUGCUGACAGUGUGCGCCAAGAUCGUGGCCAGGAACCCUUAGCAACUACGAGGAAUGCAGAGGUCAUUAAAAUUUUCGCUAAAGAUCAGAGGCCGUUUCCCGUUCCAGAAGUUCCAGUAGCAUACAAAGAUACUGUAUACCAAGACUCUGUGGAAUACCCAGUGACGGAUGACUCAAGAAAACUUGAACACCGAAACCAUUUAAUUAUGGUCACUGACAAAGCUCUGGAGGUAAACUCUAGAUCAAAUCUUGAUAUCGUUCAGCAAGGCGAUCAGGUUGACCUUGUGGUCAGGAAUUCAGAAAACCCAAAAGCCUCUGGAGGCAAGAAAACAUUGAUGGCUUCAGAAGACGAAUCAUCAUGCGGUCCUCGACUUAACAUCGUGCAAAAGACCAUCAACUUGCAGCAAGAUCCUGAAGCUUUGUAUGUCCCAGGUAGCAGUAGACGUCAAGGUCAGUACGUCAGUCCUGGAAUUCUGGCCCGACCAAUCCAUUCUACCUUGCUCAAACGUUCUACGGGCCACAAAGUUACCGCCCCACGAGCUAAGAUAGGCCUUAUACCUGUCGGAGCAAUUAGAAUGCCAGCAGCCACAUACCCUGCUCUUUUCAGCCCAUCCAUGCCACUUGGUCAUGAUGAUCCAGGUGUUCCUACAUAACUAGUGAUAUCACUAGGGUCAACAGUCAAUGUCAAAACCGGGACGCUAAAACGACACUAUUCGGUGUUCUGAGAGGACCUCACCAAUAGGUGUCAAUAUUACACCCUAAUAGUGCACCCAUGAUGAGGAUGACUGUUGAACUAUCACCAUGAUCACUGUAAAGUUGACCACACCAGGUCAUUACACUGGAAUAUAAUGAGUGGUGUAGUCAACACAACAAAAUUUACAGUGUAAAAAAAAUAUCUAGAUCAAGAAUAUGAAUGAUGUAACCUCGUCCCGGAACCUAGUAUCUCUGGUUACAGUGGCGUACCUAGGAUUUUCCACAGGGGGGGGGGGGCAAAUUCGUCCGCCAAAAAAUUUGACAAGCAAUGAAAAAAAGAAAGGUCUUCAACCACAAAAAAGGAUUUCCUACCAGAGAAAAAUUGACAAGCC